AUGUCGGUUGUGGCACACCGAGUCGUCUGGCGGGCCGCCUGUUGUUUUCUCCUGUUGGCCCAUGUCGCCUUUGCCAAGCUUACGAAUAGGACUAUUGACGACGAAAACGGAGACUCCGUCACAGGACUUCAGCCCGUCUACGCGCCCGCAUCGGGUGCAUGGAAUUAUGGACCUACUUGUUCGGGCUGUUAUGUACAGCCAGACGUGGACGACUGCUUUGACCAUUCAUGGCACGAUGUUACUGCGAGUCCGACGGAUCCGGAGCCCAGGAAUAUUACUCUCACUUUCAACGGUACUGCGAUAUGGGUAUUUGGCGUCGUACCGAACAACGUCCUCUACGCGACAACAUUUGUGAACAUUAGUUUCGAGUUGGACGGGCACACUGUCGGGACGUUUUCUCAUCUUCCGAGCGGUGUGGUCGGUGGUGUUGCCGCGCUGCUCAUCGCGCUCUUGGCAAUCCUCUGCUGGCGACGACGGCACGGCCGUGGCAGCGCAGACAGGAUCAGAAGCAUGCGCCCAUUUGAAGCACACGAUGACGCGAUUGAGCCGAAGCCUGAGGCGCAUUCGAGUGACCUGAGCAUUUCACGCUCAAUGCUCCCUACGCAAUACACGCUACGCUCGGCUGCCGCACCCUCCGGGCAUCCGCUUUCCACAGCGGCUGCGCUAUCGCAUGCGACCUCGUCUUUCGCCGCGACGAACACGCCCAGCAUCCCCACCACCGCAAGUUCGGCGGAGCUUUCCUCGACUGUGCUCACGGCGGGCACGACUUCCGCGCGGUCUCCGCGAGGGCCGCGUGGGCAGAGCAAGGCAGCGAUGCGGCGCGAGGAGCUCUCGCGCCAGAUGCGCGACAUCGAGGCGCAUGUCGCGGACCUGCGGCGGCGACAGUCACAGCAGUCUGCGCCGUCCAGCGCGUCUCUGUACAGCCAGAGCAGGACAGGGAUCGGGCGCCCACCCCCCGUACCUGUGGUCGAGCGAUACGACGACUCGGACCUGCGGCGGCAAAUUGAGACGCUGCAGACGGAGGUGGAGCGGUUACGGCUGGAGGCCAUCACUCACGAGGAGCCGCCGCCUGCGUACGAAGAGCCCGAGGAGGAUGGGCCACUGGUGGAGCAUGAGGAAGGCACAUCCAGGGCGGAUUGA